CUCUCUGUCCUCUCCCGUCCGCGUUCCCCAGCCUCGCCCUCUCUCGCUUUUCUAUCCUCUUCGCCACCUUCCCCUGGCUUCGUUAUAGACGUCCGAUUGCGUCUGCUUCGUUUACGGCAAUGUGCAACCUUCACACCGAAGGAUACAAGUACGGAUGUGGGCACUACAUUAUCGAGAACAAAAAGGCCAAGAUAGACUGCGGUAACCCGUACUGCAUCCACUCGAAGGCGCAUCGCAACCCCUGCCGCGAGUGCACCUGCGAAAAGUUUUACGGUCCCGACUUAUCCGAAACUGUCCUCGGCAUUCGCCCAGGCUUUUGCCCAGAGUGCAAACCCUGGUACAAGGGCCAAAAUGGUGGUCGAUAGCGCGCAUCCCCGUUCCUGGUCCACCUCUACUUUAUUAUUGCGUAUUAUUCGCAUCCACUCUCGCCGCCCCAUCGCAUCAUCACUCUUAUCGCUGCUGUAUCCUUGCUGUCCAUUCACCAUCAUUU